GAGAGAGAGAGAGAGAGACUUGGAUUAACUUUUGAUGUCUUUUAGGUUCUUUCUGAUCAUUUCCUGGUUGCUAGCUGAGCUGCUUUAUGGCACACAGGAAUUCAGUCUGUAGGAGCAUGAAAACCACACACACACACACACACACACACACACACACACACACACACACACACACUACUGCGUGUCUGACAGACAGAAACCAGUAGUGUUUAAUGUUUCUAAGGUAAAGACUCCAUAGCUCCUCUCUGUGAGCGGUGACGAGGAACAUCACUAGGAGACAAAUAUGUUGAUGAGAUGAAACAAUGAGACUGACCACAGAUGGUGCGGAAAGGACAGAACUGUCGUCUCCUCUUCAGCUGCAUGUUGCUCAUUGUGCUAACAGUCGCUCACAGUCAGGAGAACAAGAGGCGUGCAGUGACGGAGCAUCAGUUGAUGCAUGAUCGUGGUCGCUCCAUUCAGAGUCUGAAGAGACUGAUUUGGCUCUCCAGCGCCAUCGAGAGGCUUCACACGGCAGAGACACGUUCUUUAUCCUCCUCUGUCUCCUCCUUCAGUAAUAAUAAUGAUGAGGAUAAGGGUAAUGAUGAAGAUUCCUACGGAUAUCACCCUGUGAUGGACACUGAUGUCCACCAGAGGGCGCUGAAGCUGCUGCUGAGGGACAUGUACAGAGCACAGCCUCCAUCAGGGAGAAAUCAGCCCAAUAUGCUACACUAACUACAGCAAACACUGAAGAGGAACUGCUGUAGCCACAAUACACCACAGAGACAAGGAUUUACAUGCUUCAGAAAACUACAAGAAUAAAGUAAAAAAAAGGAGAAAAAAGAUUAAAUUGGUUAUAAAUAAUCCCAAACUGCAGACAAACAUACAAAAAUAAAAGCUUUACCAAAUGUACCAUAUAAACCAAAACUUCAUGCAACAGCUGGAUAAAUAGAUAGAAUAAAAAUAUAUAAAUAAACUGCAAUACAAGUUACGAAAACUGAAAACUAAUACUCAUAAAACUGCCCCAAAAUAUCUAAAAUAUAAAUAAAGAAAUAACUCUUUAAAUAAUCGAAGAGAAAAAUCACCAGAGUGAUAACUAAGUAAGCGCACUAACAUCUGUCUUUCCCCCUGACUUUAACUCUAAUGUACAGCACUUAUUCUGUGUGAUACAAAAUAUUAUUUGUAUGUCAUUUAAAAUGAAACUGUGACUUCAUUAUGUGGUACUAUGAAAUGAAAAGAAAAUGAAAUGUAUUAAAUUAAAUGUAAAUUAAAAUAAAAUUUCAUUUUAACAUGUUGUGACUGUAUUAAUUGAUUGAGCUUAUUUCACUUCACAACUUUCUUUAAAUAAGGCUUUAUUUUACUUACAGACGAUUCUCCUUUCCUGAUGAACUGUACACACUCACCCUUUCUCCCAUUUUGCUCUUGACUUUCCUUAUAUGGGCAUCUCUUUCUGUUAAUUGGCUAUGUCUCUAGCAGU